GCCACCUUCAAGAUGACUAUCAUCUUGGGCUACACUGUAUUCCUACUCAUCAUGAAUGAUUUGCUACCUAUUACCGGAAAUAGACUUCCACUACUUAAUGUCGUCUUCUCCGUCUCCCUGGCUUUGAUGGUAGCAAGCCUUCUGGAGACUAUCAUCAUUACCAAAAUCCUGUGCAGAUCCAACCACUCUGCAGUACCAUACUGGGUCAAGAUCCUUGUUUUGAAAUACCUGGCCAGGCUUGUUUGUAUUUCUCAGAAACUCACCAAUCAGGGCACAGAUACCCACUCCACUACUACUGAGGCUUCCUCAGCCUUAUUCAUUUCGCAUGAUGCCAUGAAAUUAGUGGAGCCAGCAAAGGAUACUGAGGCCCAAGAUAGGACAAGACUGGCGGAUCCAGCUGUAGAGGAGCUGAAGAAACUGAGUCAGCACCUUCUGGCCAUUCGCAGUCAUGCAGAGGAACAUCUCCCAGACAACCGUGCUGAUGACGAGUGGACCCAAAUUGCACACAUCAUCGAUCGGUUUCUGUUUAUCCUCUAUGUCCUUUUCGUUUUAUUUAGUAUUAUCACUUUCACGUUUUUUUGGGUGAUGUGGUCUUCCCAGUAGAUUGCCAUUAUAUGUCAAAAUCUUAAUUGCAGGAUUUACAUUUACUUGUGCAACAAUUCAAUUCCAUUAUUUUGGUUUUCCUGUAAUUGGUGUCAUUUUGACAUAAGCCC